AUGUCUGACGCUGUUAUCUCCUACGCGACUUUGAUUUUGGCCGACGCCGGCUUGGACAUCACCGCCGACAACUUGGCCACUUUGGCCAAGUCUGCUGGCGCUUCUGUCGACAACAUCUGGGCUGAGACUUUCGCCAAGGCUCUAGAGGGCAAGGACCUCAAGCAAAUCUUGUCCGGUUUCCACGCCGCCGGCUCUGCAGCUCCAGCUUCUGGUGCCGCUGCCGCUUCUGGGGCCGCUGAGGCCGCUGCCGAAGAGGAGGCUCCAGCUGAAGAAGCUGAGGAAUCCGACGACGACAUGGGUUUCGGUCUUUUCGACUAA